AUGUCACAGGAAGGAGAUGGACCCUCUGCUACUCCCUUCGACCUGCUCAUCAACGCCAUAGCAGGAUCAACAGACUAUGUCCAUCCUACCGACAUACCUGCAGCGAGGGAACAAUCACAAGACUCCAAUGUCGAUCAGACGCUAACUGGAACUCUGGCAAGCGCCAGCGCAGUACAAACUACCAAUAAGUUUGCCAGGCGAACUCGUCGGAAUGAUUCACCCACUCCGCGUCAAAAGGAGAUAUCCAAAGUCCUCUCUGAACAGAUCAUACACCAGAAAGGUAAUAAUACCACUACGAUCGAGAUAUGGCAUCCUACAGCGGGUCAAAAGAGUUACGGCAAAGAGAGGAGGAUACUCGCACCGCCUCCCAAAUUAUGUAUAUCCGGUACAAUCCUCCCGACUAUCACUUCGGUCACUCUCUCAACGACCUCCGCUUCAGCAAGUAUAUCAAGUAGUCAGACCCAUCUCAUCGCUCCACCAUUAUUUGAACCUUUGCUGAGCCUCGCUGGUACACCUGAUGUCGCCGACGUCCAUACGGAAGGCCAGAACGAAAGCACAACCAAGACGAGAAAUAAGAAAGGCGAAAAAUCAAGUCAUCAACGCAAAUUGAUCUAUGCAGCUCGUAAUGCAGGAUUCGGAGCUACUCUACCUAGAUCGCGAACUAAUGUAGAAGGGAAAGAUAGGGAAUUGUUAUUAAAAGAUGGAUUGAAUUUUCCUGGAUUGUGGAUCGGUGAAGAGGUUGGAAAGAAUAAGGAAUUUCAUCUGGAAUUGAAAGUGGACAUUGAACCUGAACCUUCUACUAUUCCCACCAUACAAGAGGUACAACCACCUGGAGCAGGUCUUGGAGCUGAAGAUAAUGCUACAGAAGAGGUACGACAGCAAGGUCCUCGAGAACAACAAGAACAGCGUCAACAGGAAGAAGAAGGAUCAGGACCAUUCCAUGACAUUCAAAUAGAUCAUUCUACCUCACUCUCAGAGGUAUUGGAACCCUCUUCCAUGGAAGUGCUACAACCUCUGGCGGAAGCUGUCAGAGACGCCAACAACGAAACUGCUGAGCAAACUUUGGCGGAACAUUUACCUACAUCGCAAAAUAACACAUCAAUCAAUUCACCUGAAAUGCAAACAGUCCUUGAACACAGCAAUCAGAUUUCGUCCGGGAGGGAUCCUUCGAACGGAGCUGCUCGGCAUAUCUUCAGACCAGUAACAACACCUUACCUUACAUUCCUUUCCACAUCACUCAGGUUGGUUUCUAAACCCUCCCAGAAAACCGCAAAGGCACGUUCAAUGACCAGUUGUUUCUCUAUCAAAUCAUCUUUCGCAUUAUGGACUAGGAUCCAUGCUCAGACGGUCCGAACUAAAUAUAUGAAACUGGAAUGUGCAGAAGGUGAGGGUGAAGGCAAGUUAACAUCGAGAACUGGGAAAUGGACACCAUUCAGAUUCGAGAUUAUCAAACGAGCUUUACCUCCGGCAGUCGAGAAGAAAUCUAAAAUCCGAAAUCAUCCUGGACCUCGUAUUGAGGUAGAGGCAGAUGUUGGUAAUGAGGAUAUCCUAACGUAUGGGUCGAUAGUCAGAUUAAUAGAUCUUCAAAGUGGUAUAAAGAGUGAUCCAGUUAGAAUAGUGAAAGUCGAAAGUGGUGAACAUAAAUUGAAUGGCGAAUCGGAUGGGCAUCCAAUUAGCGAAUUACAGAGGAUCGGUUUGAUAAGGCUAAACACGGAUGGAUCUGAUCAUUUGAAUGAAGAUGGGCAGAGGUGUUACCUUUCGGCACCUGGUGCGAGGCUUGGUGGAGGGGAAUUGUUAGAUGGACGAUCGGGACGUGCGAGACCCAUCUUAAACAAAGAUAAGAAACGACCAUUACCAGUGUCAAUGUCAUCUACACAAGAUGAUAGUAGUUUCAUUCCAGAUACUUUGGGUGGUCUGGAACCCCAAUUGUCACCGGAACGGGAGGUGGAUGUAAGAGGAGAACCGCCAAAGAAGAAGAAAAAGACGAAAAGGAAUGCAUUGGCUGCUGCAGUAUUGGCGGAAGAUGAAGAUGGGGGAUCACAUACUGUUUUAUCUUGGGUCCAAGCUGAGACGAGUCAGAUUCCUUCAAUAUUAGAGGAGGAGGCGAGAAUGAGGGUGGAGAAAGUAGAAGAUUGGAUGUCAUGGAUUAUAGGUGGUGUUGCAUGUUCAUCUCAGAGCAUGACCACCGUUGCAUCUACAGAGGAUCUGAAAACAAUCAACCCAUUACCUGAAAUAUUGGUCUCACCGACAUUUGAUCCUCAAUACAACACAGUCGACUUAACAUUAUCUCAAUUCCAUUUCCUUUCUUCCGCUGCUCCGUCCGGAGUAGACGAACCAUUGGAAGUGUAUUUGGGGCCAAUCGGACCACUGUACGUGACCUGUUGGAGGUCCACCUCUCACAAGAAUACACCUACCGCCGCUAUACCUUAUCAACCCACCGAAGAGAGUAUAGAUGACGGAGAGAAGGUGGUCUCGUCCUUCCCUGCGGACAAGAAACAUGUGAUUGUCCGAGUGUAUCUACCUGAGAUUGAGGAGAUCAGGAGAGUUGUGGGAAAUCUCUUGGCGAGAAUCAAGGAGGAAGAUGAGGAUGAAUCUAGGAAGGAUCAGGAGGGUGUUGAGGGAAUAAGACCAACAGUACAAGAUGGAUUGACUACUGUGGAAGAUGAUCAAGACCAGGUACACAGUCAGACCCAAGUUCAAGAUGGAAGACCUGAAGACGAGUCGAAAGAUACCGAUUUACCCGACUCGGGAUUUUUCACAAACGAAUCUAAAUUGGAUACUACGACAUGGUUCAAUUCUGAAGAUCAAUCUCAUCCUCCUGAUAAACUUGAUGAUCUAUCUAUCGCUACUGCGUUAGAAAUGACCAGUACGCUGAAUGAUCUAGGUCCAUUCGUGUCGUCUUCUUCGACUUUGUCAGAUUCACAUCAUGUCCAGAAGACCAAUGAAGGGAAUGGGGCGAUCAUUGAUCCUUCUCUAUCUGAAGGAACACGAGAACAUACUAAUACUCAAUCUAAAUCGUAUGGUGCGCUCCAACAGCAGAAGCAAAGGACAAUCAGUAAUGGUCACGAAGACUUGGGGAAGGAUACAACUAUCAAAUUGCAUUUUGCACCCCAGUCUCAAUCCGAUGGUGCGGAUAUAGAUAAAUCGGGAUCAAACAUAUCUUUACCUUUUGUACUCAUUAGACAGUCCGAUGGGAUAGGAUUUGGGAUAGAAAAAUCGGUAAUUAUCGAUGAGUUAUCAGAUGAAAUUAGAGUGAUCUAA